CAAAAAACUUGAAAAAGUUUGUUGUGAAGGAAAUUGAAAAAUGAAAAUAUUAUGUAUUUGAAGUGAAUAGUGUAGUAUUUCCAAACUAUUUACAGAAAAGAUAUCAUAUAAUAAUUAAAAUGGACCACAUUUUUUCAAUAGGCAAAAAACCAAAUAAGACUAUCCAUGCCUACAAACAAAAUAUAUUCAACAAGCUUGAUAAAUCUGUACUCUGUUCUAUUUCCUGUACUAAUGUUGUGGCAUUUAGUACUGAGAGUAAUAUAGAGGAAACCAAUUCCUUAUUUUGGAGUUCAAACGUAUAUGUAGCAGAUUUAAACAGUCCAUGGCAAGUUCAUAAAAUUUUGUGCAAUUCUUCACCAGUGACAGUGCUACAAUGGGACUUCACAGGUGAACUAUUACUGAUAGCAGAUGAAAGUGGCUGUGUUCGAAUUUACCGUACAAAGGACUAUAUAUUAAAUGAUUGGACGUUGGUUCUACAAACUACAUUGCAAGGAGAGCAUGUUUUGGCUGCUGCAUUUUUCCAUUCAGGCAAAAGGAUUUGUCUGAAUUCAGAAAAGAAGGAUUGCUCCUCAUACAUCGAAAAAUUUCAACAUGUGAAGUUUGCCUGUUCUGUGAAACAAUUCGGAGGCAGACCUACCAGCGGCGCUCUCUUGUUAACGACUACCGGAAUGUUGGCAGCGAUUCUUCUACCCCAAUACACAAGCCAAACCCCAAUGUUACUCGCCACGGAGAGUUUGGGCCCUACUCGUAUUUAUGUCAAAACUGCAGAUAUAUGUUACGGCAAAAAUGGACAUUUUCUGUUGGCUGUGAGCAAUGGAGAUCCUUCGAUGCCCAUUCAGUGCUAUAAUGUCUCUGUUAAAAGAGUAGAAGACAAAUGUGUCAUUACCAGCCAAUCAUUACUUAGUUUUUUCUUAUUUGAAGCCCCUAAAGAAGCUUUAAUGGAUCAGUUAUCGAAAGAUAAAUGUACAGUGAGUCAUAUCAAAUGGAUAAUGAGGGAAGAUGCAGACUCUUUGGUUGUGACGGCAAGUAGUGAUAAAAUGAGUUGUCUCCAAGUAUGGGAGCUUAGGGAAAAAGCUUUACCUGUACAUAAAUCUUUGGGUAAUUCUGAAAGCCCUCAGUUUUUUAACACAGUGUUGUGGCAAUACCAGCGUCAUUUUCAAUACAACAGUCAGGUAACAUCACUGGCCACAAGCAAGCUGAGUCUGUUAAACAGCAUAUCAAGUGGAUACAUAGUCGUCACAUUCGCGGACAACACUAUCUACUGUCUGUACAGAGACACACUCAAACCCAUAUGCAGUACGACAUUGUCGAUGACACCACGUUACCUAGAAGAGCCCAACGCCAAGUACCAGAAAGUGAACACGAAAAUAUUAAAUAUAGACAUGUCAUGGCUGGGUAACAUGCUUUUAGUUGUUGACUCAGACGACAGUUUGCAUUUGUUUAAGUUGCCCCCACAAAUCGAAAGCUCGGCUCCCUUAAGUGUGCCAUACUGUACGACUAUUUUAGAAUAUUGUUUGGUUAGUGGUUUGGACUGGUUGGAUUUAUUAUUGGUUCUCAGACCUGGAAUGUUGGACGCUCUUUGUGACAGACUAACAGAGAGCUUUAAUAGACAGCCCACUUCAGUGCAACAGUUCUUCUAUGUACAAUAUUUGUGUGUAAAAACAUCACUGUACAGAUUAAGUUUUCAAGGCCAGGCGAAAGCGAAUGAUCUCACACAUUUCCUCAUGCUGCACAGUAUAUCGACAGCUUUUAAAAGUUUGCUCAGGCCCAGCGAAAUGAAUAGCCAUGAAAAAAGUCCAGCGGAUUCAUUAGCAACUGUGAUUGCUGAAGGCCAGAGUGAUGUUGACAAGGCUCUCAUGCACCUGGAAGCUAAGGAAUUCACAGUUGAAACUACAACAUUACAGAGCCUGCAGCAGCUGAUCCAGUGGGUCGCUGACUUGGCCUUAAACUUGUUGGUGAAGUUGCCUGACAGCAGACCAGUUACUGGAAAACCAUACGAAUUAUUAAGGGACGUGAAGGCUUUGAAUAUGUUACGAGAAAUGUUGGUCCUCAUUCGAAUAUGGGGGCUACUGAGGCCUGCGUGUUUGCCGGUUUUUAUCAAGUCUGAUGCUAGCCUAGACGUGCUAGCUUUGGUGUUUAGAUUACUAAGCCGAUUGGUGCAGAAUGUGAAUGAACCGGAUGAUACGCUUAUCGAUGAAUGCUGUUUGCUACCAAGUCAAGUUCAAAUACAACUACUGCAGCAAACCAAUAAUAGGACUGUUCUUGCAUCACCCCAGUUGGCUCAACAAAUUCUACCAUUACAGCUUGAAUUCAACAAUGAACCGGAAUGCUUGGCUUGCAACAAUGUCGAGUCUCCUUGUGGUCAAACGGUGGAUUCUAUAAGACAUUUGUACUUAGGAAGAACACCCCGUGUAGUUAAGCAGUGUGUCCGAUGCGGCGGAUCAGCAGGUACUGUCCCUGUAACUCGAACAGCAGCCAUUCGGGCUUGGGACCAGAGGUGGUUAAGAUCUUGCCAGUGUGGUGGACUGUGGAGGAUGCAAGUAUACUCAUAACUUAUUGGCAUUUGUAUGUAUGUAUUGUAUUGUAUAUCCUUUUUGUAAAUAUAAAAUAACUUUAAAAUAAGUAAUUCUGUAAAAAUAGUGUUUAUUACAACUGAUACAGUGAUUUUGAUACAUUUUCGAAUUUUUACAACCCACAUACAUUGUAUAUGAAUUUAUUGUGUUUUUCAAACAGAGAUUACUUAAAACUUAGAAAUUAAUUUUUUUUAUGAACGUUGAGCCAGAAUGUAUGUUAUCUUAACCAAUUGGUGUUAUAAUAGACUAAGUAGUUUUUAUUUAUUAUAAAUAGGUUGCACUUUACUUGGUAGCAUUUGAAUGUAGGAUAACUUUUUAUAUUGUCAAAUAUAAAAUAUAUAUUUUA